AUGGCGCAUUCGAGAUUAUCCAUGGCCGUGAUGCGCAACGUGCUCGCUCGAGGCUCCGCGCAGCAAUGCCAGCGCUGCUUCUCCAGCAGCGCGCUGCAGGCCAAGCUCGCCCGGCCCGCCGCCGCCGCCGCCACGAGCACCAGCAUGCGCGCGAGGCUUCCCAUGACGCAGAAGCGCACAAAAUACAGCACGGUCGAGCAGGCCAAAAGCCGGCAUAGCACUGGGCCAUUUUCCUGGAAGGCCGGACUUUUGUUCGUCGCUACCUGCGGCGGCCUGUUUUGGUAUUUCGAGCACGAAAAGGAGCGCAUGCAGCGCAAGAGAAUCGCCGAGGCCAACAAAGGUGUCGGCAAGCCGCUGGUCGGAGGCCCCUUUGAGCUGAUUGACCAUGACGGCAAGCCCUUUACCAGCGAGAUGAUGAAGGGCAAAUACGCAUUGGUCUACUUUGGGUUCACCCGCUGCCCCGACAUCUGCCCCGAAGAGCUCGACAAGAUGGCGCGCAUGCUCGAAAUAGUCAAAACACAGGCGCCUCCCGACAGCCUUCUGCCCAUAUUCAUUACCUGCGACCCCGAGCGUGACGAUCCCGCGUCCCUCAAGGGCUACCUGGCCGAGUUUCAUCCCGAAUUUAUCGGCCUGACGGGCACGUACGACCAGAUCAAGGACACGUGCAAAAAGUACCGCGUCUACUUUAGCACGCCGCAAAAUGUCAAGCCCGGUCAGGACUACCUCGUCGACCACAGCAUCUACUUCUAUCUGAUGGAUCCCGACGGCGACUUUGUCGAGGCGCUCGGCCGCCAGCACUCGCCCGACGAGGGCGCCAAGCUGAUCCUGGACCAUAUGAGGGACUGGGCCAAGAGGUAG